AUGACCGAGAUCAACGACCUGGCUACUGUGGAAGGAGUUCGGGCAUACAUCUCCGGUACUCCCUUCGACAGUGGAGACGUGUCGCGCUUGAGCGGGGGUCUCGGGAACUUCACUUACAGGCUGAGCCUGCGCACCCCAUACAACGGCCACACGACGGUGAUCCUGAAGCAUGGAAAGCCGUACGUCCCGGGGAUGGAGGACAUGGCAUUCUCGCUGGAACGACAGGUCUACGAAGUCACCGCGCUGCGCCAGAUCCGCGCCACGCUCCCGCCCGACCCGCCCGUCAGCGUCCCCGAAGUGCUUCGCUUCGACGAAAAUGCGCACGUCAUUAUCAUGAGCGACUGCGGCGCCCACGGCCUCUCCCUCAAGCAGGCCCUCAUCGCCGGAGCGCUCCCACCCGCGGCGGCACGCCGGGUGGGCCACGCCCUCGGCGGGUUCCUCGCGCGCUUCCACGCGCGCGGCAAGGAGGACAGCGGGGCCACAGUGUUCUUUGGGCGGAACGAGGAGGGGAAGAGGCUGUCGGCGCUGGUCACGUAUGGCAGGCUCGUGUCGACGCUCACCGGGGGCGCACCGCCUGUGCUGGCGGACCCGCCGCUGGAGGUGAGCCAGGGCGAGCUCGCGAGGAUCGCGGAGGUGGCGGGGGAGACGGAGCGGGCGAUGCUGGAGACGACGGAGACGGUCGUCAUGGGCGAUUUCUGGCCGGGCAACGUGCUCGUCUCGCUGGCGGAGGCGGGUGACGCGUCGGGAGGAGUGGCGGUGGAGAGUGUGUCUGUGAUUGACUGGGAGAUGGCGAAGACGGGGCUGGCGGGACUGGACAUCGGGCAGUUCGUCGCGGAGCUGCAUGUCAUCUGCGAGUUCAAGCCGGACGGGAGGGAGGCGGCGUCGAACGUGAUAGACGCGUUCUUACGUGCGUAUAGGGAGGGUGCGGGUGCGGGUGCGAACCUGGGUGUGGCGAGAAGAGCGCUGACACAUGUUGGGGCACAUCUUGUGGCGUGGACGCCGGUCGUAGGUUGGGAGGGGAGGGAGAAAGUGAGAGAGGUAGUCAAGCAGGGCGUGGACUUACUCGUCGAGGGGAGUGAGGGGACAGAAGAGUACAUGAAGGGCUCUAUACUGGGACCGCUGCUUGGAUGA